AGAGAGCAAAGCUUCCCGUGAAGUGUUGUUCAAAAGCAAGAGCACACUGUAUACCAUAUAUCUGGUUCUCAUCGCGACUCUGAGUUUUACAAACUAUGUCAACUUGGGAAUGACAAUGAAACGCUUCUUAUUUUUGGCGGCUGUUGCUGGCUUUCUGCCUGUUUUAAUCGUAAAACCAGCCACGGUUCCAUAUAGCGAUCUCCUUACUCACUUGCCAGCUGUUCAACAACAAAUUGUUAAUCUACACAAUACCGCCAGGAAACUAGUAAAUCCGGAAGCCAGCAACAUGUUGAAAAUGAGUUGGAGUGAAGAAGCUGCCCAAAAUGCCAGACUAUUGUCAAAGAAAUGUGACUCGGCAAAGAGCAAUGCAGUCAGAAGGCGAAUUGCAUAUACUUUUUGUGGAGAAAAUAAGUAUUUGGCGACUGAUGCUAUAUCAUGGCUCGAUGUCAUUGGAACCUGGUACAAUGAGUCUCAAGAUUUUCAUUAUGGCCUUUGGUCACCAGUGUCCGACGAUAAAAGUGAUCAUUACACUCAGAUGAUUUGGGCUUCUUCCUACCUCAUUGGCUGUGGUGUGUCACCAUGCUGCAAAAAAAUGUCAUUUCAAUAUCUCUAUGUUUGUCACUACUGUCAUGAGGGAAAUGAACCUGAAAGAAAGAGUCUACCUUAUAAUCUGGGAAGUCCAUGUGAAGCCUGUCCCAGUAACUGUGACAAUGGCCUUUGUACUAAUCCCUGCAUCUACUAUGAUGAGUACACUAACUGUGGAAUGCUAAAACUUAGGUACGGAUGCAACCACCAGUCAGUUAAACUGCUGUGUAAAGCCAGUUGUCUUUGUACCACAGAGAUAACAUAACCUUUGUGUGAUUUCAACUAGAAUGUAAUGCUGAGGAAAUGUCCAGUGGAUUGUAUCUUUUCCCUUAAUUUGCCUCAGUAGCUUCUGCUGAAUUUCACUUGGUUUUAAUUAUACUUGAGAUCCCAAUUUUUCACUAAUCAUAUAUGGGCAUCAGAUAUUUACAUCCAUUCCACCCACUCCUGUCUUGGUAUAUCCUGAAGUGAUGUUGUUUUAAAUUUUCUUACUCCUGCAGUGAAAGGUCUAGUUCAACACCUGCUUCAUAUUUAAGCUUUGUGAUUUAGAGUUCUUAGGUUGACAUUAUUCAGCUGAGGCACAACUGGGCCCCUCUUGUUCUCUUUAACUCCUUCCCCUGCUUUCUUACAUCCCCCGCAAGCCUGGUGUUUGUCUUCCUUGUAUAACUUACAUAAACUAAACAUUCUUCACUUCUUUACUUUUAUCUUGAAUCAAUCAUUAAAAUAAUCUACAGAGCAAACAAAGGAUCCAGUAUCAUUCAUUGCAAGGUAAAUACUGCUUAUCUGCAAGUGGU